CGCGGGGCCGCUCGCGUUUCCCGGCGCGGCCGCCGAGGCCGGCGAAGCCAUGGGCGCCGCGACGCCGCCGCCGGCCGCAGGAAGAGAAGUCAAACUUCUAGAGAAACCUAAGGGACAAUCUCUGUAACAGCACCCACGCUGUGCCGUCGUUCUCCAGUCGGGCCUUUCUUCCCGCUCGUGCCUCCUUCGAGACCGGAGUGAAAUCGCCUCUGUACGCUGCCACCUGCUGUGGUCACACAGCCUUGGACGCUAGAGCCUGUCUGGUUGAGAGAAGGAAUGUCGCUGGGGAAGGACAACACGGGGCGAGGUGAGAGAGGGCAGAACCUCAAACCAGGAAGAGGCUGUCCGCACUGGGCUCCGGAGAGGCGCAGAAGCAUGGCCCUCAGAUGUUAACAAAAAAUAAUCCAGAUGGGGUGCAGGUGCUGUAAAAUGAUACAAAGCUGUCUCCUUGAUCCGGCGCAAGCGCCCUCCCCUGGCUACGUCAACGAAGUGAACAGCUGCAAGUUGGAUGAAGACGACACUGUUAAAUUAAAAGGCAAACAGAGCGGCGAAUUCCUGGUACAGAAAAAUGACCCCCCGAGGGAGGGCUUGAAGAGCACGCAGAGCGGAGGCAGAGGGACUGGUGGGCAGGAGUCCAGCCGGUCCCACCUAGGGUGGCUCCCGCAGGGGGACUCUGGAGGGGGACACCGCGCGGACGGCGCUGCCAAUGGCGUCGGCCCGGCCUCGGCUGCGCAGCCCAGCGGGACUCCCAGGCCCCCCCAGGAUGGCAGCGGCCCCGGGGCCAGCGCCGCAGGCGGCAUCCGGCCGACUCAGCCCUUCCCGGAAGGAGGCGGCGCGGGGACACAGGACUGCGCGUCGCCGGCCCGGGAGGAGACCCGGGUCACGUGCGGCGGAGGCUCCAGAGCUCCUUCUGGGGCACAGAGUCCUGCCUCGGAAGCACAGGACCGAGCCCUGCGGAUACCGGCCCCGGAUUACCCUCGGCUCUGGGCGCCGGCUGUGGACAGUGAUGGUCGUGGAGAAAAGGAUCACCUUUUCCAGCCCCCCGCGGAGGAUGCGCCCCUGCAGGGAACUGCCGGGGCGGAGGAGCGCGGCUGGAAUAUGCCCUUCUCGCUGACGAGAAGCUGGGAUUCGUUAGGCGAGGCCGUGGCAGCGGAAGUUCCAAAAGAGGAGGGUCCUGCCCGUGCCAUGCCUGUGGGUGACCCAGGGAACAGGCAGGAGGACGCCCCCCUCUCCGACAGAGCCGGGGGCGGGGAGGUCGUGGACGAGGACGCGGCGGUGGCAGAAGCCCUCGCGGCUCUGGAGGCCGCUACCGCAGGAGAAGACGGGGACGGGGACGAGGCGGACUAGGGAAGGGCUGCGCAGCAGGUGCGGGGUGUCACGCCGAGCGCGGAGACGCGUUUGCUCCCUGGACGCAGAGCUGGCGAUUGCGCCAGCGCGCACGGGGCGGCCUCACCAAUGUUUACACCGCAUCUGUCCCAACCGUGGUACCUGUGCCACACCGCUUGCUAAAUACUGCGAGCAUCACUCUGUGUGGAUGGGCUGUCAUUCGGGACGCUAGAAUAAAAAUCUGAAUGAGCCACUGUGCCCACGUCCACGGCAAGUGCAGAAAUUAAGCAACCUGCUUGCCCGCCCUCAAAGCUCUCCAGAACACCUGGUAGGAGGUUCGUGAGAAUGCUUCGAGAUCCCAGGGCUUCGUUCCACAGAGCGUUCUGCUCGACUAGAAACUCUUUACCUUGCAUUGAGAGCCAAACUUGGGACCCAACCUGGAAAAGGCAACUACCCCACUUAAAGUGCCUAAUGUGUCCCCAGAGCAUGGCUUAACUUCAGGGACAAUCACCCAGGGAACUAAUAACUAACCACUUGUUCAACAGCAAGUUAAGCUCAGCAGCUUUCAGGGUGGAGUAGAAGUCACCAGUAAACAAAUGGUUAGUCAUUGCUGCGAUGUGAUUUUAAAACACCUUGACCUUAACUUUUUUGCAUUAUUACUUUUUAAUCUCUUUGGGGAGUGGGGAGGCUGGCCAAAUAACUCUUAACACUACGUGUGUCAUAUUUGGGUUUAAGUUCAUGAGUUUCGGAGCAGCAAAGCCAUAUAUGGAAUGUUUUUAUGCCAUUAAAUAUCUGAUUCUGAUUAAAAUGUAA